AUGGAGCAAAGAAAUCCUGGAAAUGUUACUCAUUCGCAGAUGGACAAUGAAGGUAGGUUCAAAUAUUGCUUCAUGGCCUUAGGUGUUCCUAUAAUGGGGUUUAAAACAUAUAUUCGUCCAGUUAUAUGUGUAUAUGGAGCCUUCUUGACUACUCGGUGUGGAGGUACUUUGUUAUGUGCCAUGGGACAAGAUGCUAACAAGAAAAUAUAUCCAAUUGCAUUUUCAGUAGUUGACUCAGAGAAAAAUGACUCAAGGUUGUAUUUUCUACUAAGGUUGAAGGAAGCGAUUAGUGAAGUAGAGAAUCUAGUAUUCGUGUUUAAUAGACAUACUAGUAUAGUAAGUGCCUUGACUAAAAAAUUUCCUGAGCCACACCACGGUGCUUGUAUACAUCAUGUUAGCAUGAAUAUCCGUGCGAAGUUCAAAACUGACCAUUGCCAUGAAGAAUUCUUCCUUGCAGCGAAAGCUUAUAGAAAGCGAGAGUUUUUACGCCAUUUUGAGAAGAUUAAAUUCAAAGAUCUUGCAAUUGCUCAAUACUUAGAGAAUCAAGUGGGUUUUGAAAAGUGGGCUCGUUCUUUCUUUCCUUGUCAUCGUUAUAAUUUAAUGACUACAGGUAUUGUCGAAAGCUGGAACAAUGUCAUUGCUAAGGCACGUGGGUGGCCAAUUACUUGUCUCAUGGAAUUUAUGAGGCACACUUUACAAAAAUGGUUUUUCGAGCGUCGAAUUACAGCAUCAACGGCUAUAGGUCCUCUUGCCACAGAAGUGGAAGCUGAUUUGUGA